AUGACGAUUCAUACCCAGGAGAGAAGAAUCACGGACAGUCAUUGUUCAUGUAAAGCUGGAAUAACUGGGCUAUGUUCUCAUGCUGUUAGCGUCGUCUACACAGUUGGCCACUAUAAACGUUUGGGACUGAAAGAUAUCCCUUCACAGCUGGCUUGUACCAGUUUGCCUCAACAGUGGCACAAACCGCGGGGCCCAAAGAUCAAUGCCGAGCCCGUAGCUGCAAUAGUUUUCGCUAAACCAAGGCCAACACCUCGCCGAAAAAGGCCAGUGUGUUGUUCUACACCAACACUUAGGAUCCCAGAAUUGAAGGAAGAUGACAUAAAGAAGUUGAAAGUAGACAAGUCCACACCAUUAUCAUAUUUACUGCAAGAUGAACUGCACACAGAAAAAACAGAGUAUGGAAUUGUGCAGAAGGGUUCAAUGUUACCUUUACAGCUGCCUGAUUCUUGCAACCAUGGAGAACACAUCCAACUCAGGAUAGACUGAAAUAGUAAAUAGUGAACAGGACUGAUUAACUGACUGGGCAGUAAUGCCAUUAAAUAGCUACUGGAAAAUUUCUCACAACAACGAAACUCAGUUUGGAAUGAGAUGGAUAUUCCCCGUUUCCAGAGUGUGGAGUUAUCUUUCCUUUAGACCCGGUAUCUGCCUUCUGUCGUGUCCCACAGUGACCACAUACUAAGCAUACCAUCUUUCAACUGUCUGGCUUUACAACAUGAAAUAGGGAGUAUUCACCCACUACAAGGGAAGUAAAGUAACUUGCUACUAAUGGCAAGUGGUGUUGUGUAUCUAGAUUAAGUAAACUGUGCCAAAGUUCCUAUAAGCCUCAAUAAAUUUUAGCUGGACACUUAACUGUGUGAAUAUUCAGAGUUAAUGACACACUAAUGAAAUACUCUUGGUUAUUGUUUACAUAAUGAUAAAUAUUGUUCAUAUCAACCUACUGUGAUUGCUUAUAAUAAAAUAUUAAUGUUACCUAUUCCUGGAAACAGAUAAUGUGUUGUUCUGGGCAUAUGAUACGUGGCGGCGUGAUUUUCUAAAUUCCCCACUUAAAGCAUCAUUUGGAUCAGGAUAUUCUUCAUUAGGUCCAC